UAAAGAAAGCUUUGAAUAAUAAAAUGUGGCAGCUAAUCUAUACGUGACGCUCUUGUGAGAAGCCGAAUUCUUCUGGACUAUUCGAUACUUCUUAUUCUUGGAGGGGGUUUCUGCACUUUGAAUUAUGUUAGCGUUGCCGUUGCUCGGCCGCAACUUCCAGGUUUGUUUACUCUACCGCACCGCGUUCUUUAAAUACUUAGCAUUGAAUAUUGAAACUCAAAUCUUUACCUUUUAUUCACCGAAUGAAGGCAAGAGAAUACAGAAACCGACCUGAGAAAGUUUUGAAAGUCAAUAUUGAGAUUACUGUCGGUGGCGCACUGUCAACACGACCCUCCUCACGUCGACGCGCGCAAAUUAUAUCCUUCCCAGCCACCAAAUUUCGAGGUCAAUUGGACCAUAUCUCAGUCGCAUUCUUCGAGCACGCAAAAUUCGACAUUAUUGGCACAUCAUCGUAGCAUAAAGACGCGACUACUCGCUUGUUCCGGAGAUGUCGCAAGCUCAGAAGCGGAUGAAGGCCUUGGGCGAGUCCUCUUCCACUCCAAAGAGAGGAAGACCGUCCGGCAAGACUACACCAAGCAUGGGUGCCAAGAAAUCUGGAAAGAGAUUGAGUGCCGUUGAACCUGGAGAUCCAGUUCCUGGACGAAGAAAGCGUCGCUAUAAGCCUGGUACGAGAGCAUUGCAAGAGAUCAGAAAGUUGCAGCGCUCAACAGAUCUAUUGCUGCUCAAACUUCCCUUCUCCCGACUCGUCCGAGAAAUCGCUCUCACAUUACGCCCCGCCGGAGCAGGAAUGCGUUGGCAAUCACAAGCCAUUCAAGCUCUUCAAGAAGCAUCCGAAGCAUUCUUAGUUCAUCUCUUCGAGGAUACGAAUCUAUGCGCUUUGCAUGCGAAGAGGGUCACUAUCAUGCAGAAGGAUAUACAAUUGGCGCGAAGAAUUAGAGGUGCUUGGGGAGGUCUGGGUUAAGCUAUUAUGGUCGCAAUUGGCUUGUAUGAUUGAUUGUUAUACUACGGCGUUUCUGGACUGGGUUUCUUAUUGCUGCAUGGAAGUGGGAUGGACUUGGGAUGGGGCAGCUUUC